AUGUCAGACGAAGAGAUCAGGAAACAAGAAGAAGAGCUCAAAAGAUUACAAGAAGAAAUGGACAAAGAGGAAGCUGAGAUGAAACAAAUGGAAGAAGAAAUCCGCCAACAAGAAGAGGCUAUUCGAAUAGAAGAAGAAAGGCUUCAAAAAGAAAUUGAAGAAGAAGAGCGAAAAGCAAGAGAAGAAGAGGAGAGACAUAGACUAAAGGUAGAACAACUUCAAAAAGAAACUGAAGAAGAAGAAAGAAAAGCAAGAGAAGAAGCAGAGAGACUGAAAAAAGAAGCAGAGAGAAAAGCAAGAGAAGAAGCAGAGAGAAAAGCAAGAGAAGAAGCAGAGAGAAAAGCAAAAGAAGAAGCAGAGAGAAAAGCAAGAGAAGAAGCAGAAAGAAAAGCAAAAGAAGAAGCAGAAAGAAAAGCAAAAGAAGAAGCAGAAAGAAAAGCAAGAGAAGAAGCAGAAAGAAAAGCAAGAGAAGAAGCAGAAAGAAAAGCAAAAGAAGAAGCAGAAAGAAAAGCAAAAGAAGAAGCAGAAAGAAAAGCAAGAGAGGAAGAAGAAAGAAAAGCAAGAGAAGAAGCAGAAAGAAAAGCAAGAGAGGAAGAAGAGAAAAUUAAAUUAGAAGAAGAAAGAUUUAGAAAAGAAAGUGAAGAAGAAGAAAGAAAAAUGAGAGAAGAAGAAGAAAGGUUAAAUAAAGAAGCUGAAAAACUUCAAAAAGAACUUGAAGAAGAAAGAGAAUCAAAAGAAGAAUUCAUUCCACUUGAUGAAGGAGAAAAGAAAGACACAUUAAAUAUUGAUUCAUUGUGUGAAGGACUACCUGCAAAUCCAAAUGUAGUUAGAAGAAUAAAGGCUAGAGGAAAGACUCAUGUUGGAAAAGCAGGUAUUUAUGGUAAUCUAAAGAAAGAAGAUAUGAAAACUGAGUACAUUGAACCAGAAACAAAACCAACACAACCAGAAGUUGGUAAAGGAUUUACUAUUACUAUGAAUGGAGGAAGUAAAUUACCAACAAAAAUGAAUCCAUUAAUGGCUGAGGUACAAGCAAAGAGGGCAGCAAAAGUUGGGAGGGCUUCCUUUUCAGUAAAACCAUCAAUUAUUUCAAAACCAGAACUUAAAAAAGUAAGUCCCUCUACGUCUCCAGGACUUGCAGAUGAUUCCUUUCUUGCCCAACAAACAUUUUCUAAUGAGGUAGAUGGAAUGAACACAUCAAUGAAUUAUGAAAAGAUGGUAAGGGUUAGUGGUAAGUUUUUUAUGAAGUGGAGAAUAAUUGAACUAAAACCAGAAUACCUAAAUAGUGGAGAUGUUUUUAUUAUUGACAAGGUGGAUAAAAUUUAUGUUUGGAUUGGAAAAGAUUCUUCUAGAUUGAAGAGAACAAAAGUUUGUGAUGCAGCAAAUACAAUUAAACAUGACGAAAGACAAGGAAGGUGUGAAAUUAUUCAAGUUAAUCAAGGCAAAGAAGAUGAAGAAUUUUGGAAAGCCCUUGGAGGAAAGAAUGACAAUAUUGUUAAAGCAGAACCAAAUCAAGAUGAUCUUGAAGAUAAAGAUUGUACAGAUGAGUUAUAUCUUCUUGGAGAGAAAAAAGAUAAUUGGGAUGAAGCUGAAAUUGUUAACUGUAGCAAAGGAAAAAUGGCUCAUAAUAUUUUAUUACCAUGGAAAGUUUAUGUUUAUGAUGGUGGAAAUGAUGUAUACCUUUGGAUUGGUACUAAGGCAUCUUCUACAUUAAGAAAGAGUGCUAAAGUUGUUGCACAACAAAUUUUUGAUAAGAAACAACGAUCCCCAAUUGCCCAAUUGAUUCGUAUUACACAGCAAACUGAACCUGUCAUUUUUAAGGAGAAAUUUGCUGCAACCCAAGGAAGUGUUGAAACAGUACAUAACCCUGAUUGUAGUUAUACAGAGGCUGAGUUAAAUCAAUCAAGAGAUCGAGCUGCAACUGUUAGUUUAUCUAGACCAACAAAACCUUUAAUUAAACCAGUACCUAAAUGGAAUGUACCAGUAGAGGAAGAGAAAAUGACAUUUGAUAUAAGAGAAUUAUUAGGUAUUCCUGAUGAUUCUAUUGUUCUUCAACCAUCAAAAGAUUUCAUCAUUCAAGGAGGAACAAUUAAAGUAUAUGUUAUUGUUGAUACACAAAAAGAGGCUAUUCCAGAAAGCAUGUAUGGUGAAUUUUAUAGUGAGAAUGAUUACAUUAUCGAUUAUAAAGAUCCUAAAGAAGAAAUUAAAUUCUUCUAUUGGCAAGGUAAACACACUUCUAUAAAAAGUAAAGGAAAAACAUCUAUGUUGGUCAGUGAUUUAAGUAAAAAAAAAGGAGCUAGCACUAUUCGUGUGCCUCAAGGAGAAGAGCCACAUGCAUUUAUGCAAUUGUUUGAAGAUAAAUACCUUAUUCAUAUUGGAAACUAUUUUGAUCGUGAGAAGCAUCAAGCCACAGAGAGAAUAUAUCAAGUGAGUAAUACUAUGUUUGAGAAUACAUGUGAAUAUACCGUUCAACGUGAGUUUAAUAAAGAGUUUAUUAACUCAUCUUGUUCUUAUAUUUAUGUAAAUACAGAAGGAGUAAAAAUUUGGAAAGGAAAAUAUGCAAAUGAAAAUAACAGAAAAGUUGCUGAAGAAGCUGCUAAAAGAAUUGACCAACGACCUGCAACAAUUUUAGAUGAAAAAGAUGGUAAAAUUUUGUUUAAUGAGGUCAAACAUUUUGAUAAUAAUUAUACAGUAGUUAUGCCAAAAUCAUAUCAUUUAAUAUUAGAGAAGAUGCAUGUAAAAACAAAACAAAAUACAUUCUUUACUUGUCAACGAUUUAAAGAACCAACAUUAUUAACUUGUGAAAAAGGUAUUUAUUUAAUGGUAACUCAAUUGAAGAAAGAUUGUAUUAUGCCAUAUCUUAACACUGUUCAUGAGUACUUAGAAAAGUUAAAUGGAAAAUAUUGUGGAAUAGAUGUUCCUGAAGUUUAUGUUAUCCACUCUUUAAAACAUAUCCCAAAGGAGGUAGUUACUAUAAUACAUGGAUUUGAAAAAAGUUCAUUAAAAGAAAUGGAUAUUGAAAACGAUCCUCAAAAUAUUAUUACAUUUAAGGAUCUUUGGAAUAUUAUUAAUAAAAAAUAUACCUAUGAAGAAUUACUUCAACGACCAAUUUAUUUGGAUAAAACCAAAUUGGAAACGUAUUUAAGUGAUGAAGAAUUUGCUAAAGUCUUCAAACGCUCUCGUUCAGAUUACAAUAAAAUGAAAAAAUUUGAAAAAGAACAAUUGAAAAAACAACAUAAAUUGUUCUAA